UAUGACCGCCACCAAACACCACCGUCCUCCGUGUUUCCAGAUUGCCGAACAUUCGUCCGCCAUCCGUAGCCCACUUUAGUAGUACUGCUCAUCCGUAACUCAUUUUAGUAAUCCCGCUCAUCCGUAGCUCAUUUUAGUAGUUCCGCUCCCGAUCGCCGCCGAAAUCACGAUGUUUGAAUUAUAUUCCGAUACAGAAGAGCCGCAGCAACUGCCACGCGAUUUAUACGCCCGAAGACGUAAUUAUUCAAAAAAUAACAAGGCAAAAAAGAUGGUCAUCAAUAAAUAUAACGAACUUAGUCUAUCCGAUCAGAGAAGUUAUUGGGAUGAUUUAAGCAUUUCCAUUGAAACGGCAGUAUCAAAGUUAAAUCCUGGAAAUAUAAGAACAACGAGUACGAAAUUGAUUAAAUUAAAUAUUAUGCGUGGGAAAGGCUUGCUGUGUCGGUCGAUCAUGGAAUCACAAUCCCAAUCACCCAACUUUACGCAUAUUUAUGCAACGUUGGUUUCAUUUAUCAACAACGAUUUUCCGAACGUAGCUGAACUUCUUCUGGUGCGGUGUAUUUGUGUGUUUGCUGAUGCUUACAAAUGCAAAGAUGAGAAUAAGUAUGUGCCACCGGUAUUAUUUAUUGCACAUCUAGUGCAAAACAAUGUUGCCAGAGACUGCAGGUUGGUAUUAGAAAUAAUACAAACAUUAAUAAAAACGCCAAAUUUACAUUCGAUUGGCUUGGUAGACGAUAUUUUGAAAGUAUGUGGUGAAAAAUUGAAUUCGAAUCCACAGAAUGAUUUAGACUUAAAAUACACGUUUGAUAAGUUGCAAAAUAUUUCACAAGAUGACCAUAUUGAUGAAUCGGUUCAAUGUUUGGCAAGAACUAUAUUGCUAGCAUAUCAAAAGCAUUUCGAGGACGAUCAGCAGUUAUUAGUAGAUCCUCAUAAACAAUACGUUAAUUUUUCGAUUUUAGAUCAACAUUUCGAUCCACAGUAUGAACUAGAUAAUUUUGUGUAUGAUCUGGAUUUCAAAGCUACUGAGAUUAUAUAUAAACAAUUUUCUAGAGAAAUAUUAAAAUCGAAAUCUAAACGAUGUUAUUUUUCAAUUUAUGAUCUAGAUGAAAUGGCUGACGACGAAGAUGAAUGUGAGACAGAGACAAACAUGCUAAUAUUAAGUAAUCGUUUAGCAAAAAAAAAAAUUAUUUGCAUGAUGGUAAAUUCGAAUUUACUUCCAUCUCAGAUCGCCCUUGAAUUAAUGGCAAUUAAAAUGAAACCUGGUCAAGAAAUAGUACUGUGCAUGGAAUAUAUGGAAUGCUGUUUUGAAAAUAGUGCUGUAUACAAUAAGCAUUUUGCAGAUAUAAUACAAAGUUGUUGUGCAUUGAACCCUUUGAUGGUUGGAUCACUGGAAUUAAUUUUCAGGCUUAUUGUGAACGUCGUCGAUCAGGGCCAAAUUAUCAGCCUAAAAAACUUGGCAAAAUUGUUUGCGCAACUUUUAUCUUCAAAUUCAAUUUCUUGGAAUAUAUUUUCAUCAGUACACCUGGCUGAAAUUGGAAACUCUUAUCGCGGUAAAACAUAUUUUACGGAACUGUUCAAAAGUUUGAUUCUUCUUAUGGGACGCGAUGCUGUAAAAGAACGUCUUUUGGAUCCUUCCCUACAACAAUCGUUCGCUGGUUUAUUUCCGUUAAAUGAUGGAGUAUAUCAUAAUUAUUUAUAUUGCCAUUUUUUUUUCGCGGAGAUCGAUUUAUAUGACGUAAUUGUUCCAUUCCAAGAAUCUUUAAUACGAGGCGUACCCGUUUAACUUUACGACUGAAGACUUUUUCCUAUUGAUUGCAGUGACAGCAAUCCUAACAAUUACAUAAUUAAAUAUUGUAUUCUUUAAUUUUUUUUUUUAUUUUUUUAUUAUUGUAUUCUAAUUAAAAUAUGUCACAUGAAUUAUUAUUACAUGUUAUCUAUACUAUUUUUCGAUUCAUUUAAUUUAUAUAAUUUAUCAAUAGUUAUUGAAAGUUAUUUUUAUAAAUGCUGUAUCGAUUAUUUCAAUUAAUUUUAAGUAAAUUGUGAACAGGGAAUUGUGAACAAGGAAUUGUGAACAGGGAAUUGUGAACAGGGAUGCAUAUUUGUUAUUUUUAUAAUUAUCGAAAUAAUUGUUGUUUAAACGAGAGCUAUAGCACUGAAUACAAUACAUAUCCA